AUGAACGGUCUGUAUGCAGACUCGACGAGAACUGCACGGGUUUUGGAGACGCUCUUAAGUCCUCGGUCAUUAGAUGCACGAGUGCUUCAGGUGGACAAAAGGAGCACAGAAAUCAAGCCAUUCCAGUUCUCAGGAAUUGUGUGGAUGGCGCUCAAACUCUCUGGACUGGGAUUUUGCAGACACAGGGAUUUUUUGUGCUUUAAGCAAAUGGAUCUUAUUAAAGACGAUAUGGGAGAAGAAAUGGGUUACAUGGUGCUGCAUUCAAUUGACCCUUUAGCUGAUGAGUUGGCUGUUUCUAGCUUUGACUCAUAUGCGCCAAUGGGAGCCACGUGGCCUCCAUUGAAUUUAGCACAUCAGACACGUAAUCGCAGUUCGAGCUCGAUUGGAAUCAGCACGGACGGCUUUGUGAGAGGUUUCAUCUCGUUGGCUAUCGUGUUCAAGCGUGUAGACGAUGAUCGUGUAACCAUGUUUGCCCAUGGUCAAUUUAAUCCGGGUGGCCGUUUGCCGCCAGUGCUGGGAGACAACUGCAUUGCUGAGUGGCUGACGUCCAUGGCCAACACUGUACAGAGCGGCCAGGCCAAGAAUUUGUCGCUCCUGCUUACAGGUCAGAGACAGUCGCUCAAUGAUCAAACCAGCUCCAGACAGCGGUGUGGUGUGUGUGCUGGUGCCCUGUUCUUUUGGGAUACGCCACGGAACUGUCGGGGCUGUUGGAAACCAUGUUGCCGUACAUGCCGCGUGAUAAAGCCGAUAUUCUGUGCUCACUAUCAUCCGAAUAGAGGCAGCGCUGCUGGGGGGCCGUGUAUGGAAACAUUUUGUCUAUCUUGUGUGUGCGCGGUGAUUCCAUCCGGGGCGACGAUCAAUGCUCGCUUGCUGAAGCGGCUGGCGAAAAAGCGCAAGCAGACACCCGUUUUUUCCCGUCUGACCAUGACGGCGUCCUCGAUCACGGACGGGUCGAUCUUACAACAACAACUUCAGUCGAUUGCUGCGUCAGAAGAUCUGCUGACGAAUGCAGAAAUGUCUUCAAUCUCCGUGCUAUCGUCAUGCGAAUCGGAGAAACACCAGCAACACCGACUAGUUAUCAGCGCUCGGCCGAAAAAGCGGGCCUAUGUGCCACCUACGGGUCAGAAAGAAGAUCAAAAUGAUGACGGAGGUAUGGCUGCUGCAAGUAUCAUGCUGGAAGUGUUGGAACACUAUCAGGUCCGCCGUGCCGGCACGGCAUCCGUCGUCUCGGGGGUAUCGUCGACAAAUGCUGGAACGUCCCUGCAGUCGUUCACGUCCACGGACUUGGGGUCGGCUUCGACCAACCACUUUAACUCAUUGCAACUCGGACGCUACCCGUCCGGACAUAGCCUGCUGGCCCACAAUCAAAGUUUUCGCCAGCAAAUUCCUUCUCACUUGAUUACUGCCUCUGCGACAGCACGGCAGGGUCAAGUGUCACUAGAAAGAUAUGGUAUUCAAGCCCAGAGCAGCUUUUGGCUGCCGCGCCAGUCUGUGCUGGUAAGGAAAGCGAAAGAGUCGUCGCCUCCGCUUGACGAAGAAUACUACCAACGGCAGCUGCAAAACUACCUGCUACACACAAACAGUAGCCGCAGUUUAGCAAGUGUGCUGUCACGCAGCAGCUAUGGUGGGAUGCCACCGAUGGUGCCUCAGCCAUUAAUCUUACAGGAAUCGAAUGUGCUGUCGGAGUAUUGCAGAGACACACGAGCUGCAGUCAACUACUCGACGCCCAGUGGCCCACCGGAUAUGGUCAUCUAUCGCAGAUUCAAGUGA